CUUUAUCGUGAAGAUGCUGACUUUUACAAUUUGGAAGCUGAUUAACUUAAUUGUUUAAUCACAAGAGUCAGUCUGUUCAACAACAGCCAUUCCGCUCUUUUAAUAGGAAGUUCUUUGUGUGUCUCUCUUUCUCAAACAUUUUUCUGACAUCUCCGCGGUACUCGACAGUAUGGUGUGUACAUGUUUGUGGUUGCUGGUUUGUGUACACACUUGUCGAUCAUCUGUUGCGUGAUGUCGGCUGUUGUCGCUCAGUGAGCAAAGCAAAGUGCCUGUCCAGUGAGUCACACGUGACUCAACACUUCUGUCAUGUCUUCAUCGUUGUUAUUAGCUUCUGGUGUAAUUUAUGACAUUGGAAAAGGUCAAAUUUGUCACCGUGAUGUUUGAUAAAGUGGACUAAGCUGUCACCUCGAUGUCUUGCAGUCUGUAGGUUGGUAAUGAGCGCCAUGUUGUGUGACGAAUGCAUCCGUCAAUGUUCGAUUCUUGGCGUGGAUCCUGCUGGUGAUGUUACAGAGUCGAUUGUUGUCGCUAGGGUAGCAGGAAGAAAGCCAUCAGUAGGUGCAUGCGAGUGAACAAUGGCGGCUGGUGUCUGCAGCUGACAAUGAACCCACCCAGCGCGUGACGUGGCUCCCUGCUCCCAGGAUUCCCAGGAUUCAAGUGUCACCAAGUCGCCGGUCGUCUGCUGCUGUCUCUACCGCAAGUCUUGCCCUCCAGUGGCUCACCACACUCCUCGGCUUCCGACUGCUCAUCCUGCGCAUGACGUCAGAGUUCAGUUAUGAACCGUCUGUUGUCUCGAGAUCGAGGCUCAGCGACACCGCCAUAUUGAAGUACAGCCGGAAGUUGUCUGGUGGUCUGAUUGUGCGGGUGAAGACAGCACCUUUCAGCUUUCAAUAGACUGUAGCUGUCUUCUGUCUGCCGGCGAUGUCGCCCUAGCUGACCAGAAAGGCAUCAGAAGCUGGAGUCUGUCGUGGGCCUUUGCGAGAUGGAAACUCUUGACGGGACUGACGCCAUUCUCAUCAAGCAUGCUGGAUAGAAGAGACACGUGACAGUUGGUAGGAAAGUGACAAAUGAUGAUGGAGGUCUCACAACAAACGUUUUUCCUUUUAAGAAAACUAUCCAUUCAUGUUCUUGUGGAUAAUAAACGUUAACAUCACCAGAUAUUAUCUUGAUGCCCUACUGGUCCAUCCCCACCAUGACGUCACUAGCAGGGCUCGUGCUUUAUCGCGAGAUCUCCUACGACUACCAGCAGCGGACUUUCCGCAGAGAGGACGAGAUUGACGACGAGCCCCUGUAGCUGUUUGUGGAUUCUGACAAGUAUUAAGAUCGUUAUUUAAUAACAAGAGUGUAGACAAGUGCAGCACCACCACCAGCACCAGCACCACCCUGCGUGACGGGUUCCUCGUUCAAGUCAUCAUUUUCAUUAUACCUUCAUCUAUCUCUUCAGAGACGACAUGUGAAAACACUUUUCACCAGAAUCGUGCAUGGACAUAUAGCCCAGGGUCAUCGCGGUUACCAUGGCGAUCCUGUCCAGCUUCUUGUGUUGGAGCAACACGCGCACCGGCAGCGCCAUCUGUGCCUAUUAUUCCCUGGUGGUGUCCGUGGUGUGCAUGUCACUGUACGUGUUCCGCUACCUGGCACAAGGCAAGAUAGACGCUGUCCCAGAGUACAAGGGUAUCGUGUACCCGGGCUUCGUGCUGUACACAGUCAUGAUCGGCGUCUCUCUCGUCAUGCUACCCGGAGUUUACAUGGACAAAAGGUUCCUCCUUCUACCCUGGGUGUACACCCUGGUCGUCAUCGUCUUGUACGAAACAGGUGCCAUCGCGCUCCUGACCACUGUCCACCUCUCUCAGGACAAGGUUCUGAGGGCUUGGGAAAUAGGGUCGCUGUGCUUCUACUGCUUUCGCCUCAUCGCCAACUGUUACUGCUUUGCGUGUGUGGUGUCGCAGUAUCAGGAACUGUCAGAAGGCCGUGGAACUUACGAAUUCCUGUACAAGCCGCGACGACGUCAACACCUGUCACAACCCCUGGCCGACGGCGACCUGUAUUCGCCUCCCUACUGGGCCCAGCUACCCCCCUACAGCAAGGUGGACCUGCACAAGGAGUUCAACCCCCCAGGCUACGAGGAGGCCGCCGACCAGAGCCACGCAGCCUACGACAACCCCGCCUUUGUCACCGCGUCCUCCGCCUCGCUGUCCGCCAGCCUCCAGUCUUGCCGAGGUCAGCAGCAGGGGCAGGGGCAGGCAAUCACCCCAGGAGAUGUGGCGUGCCCCGCCCCCAGCCAUCGCCCACGUGCAGAACGCUGAUGAGAAUAGGGAAGGGCAAGGCCCACACAGCCCUCACAGCCACCAGGCCCACCCGUCAAUACAAUACCUGAAAGUUGACGAGCAUCCAAACCCCGAACGGACCGUGCAUAGGACUACAUAUGUGACGUGGAUAUGAUACACACGGACCGUACAUAGGACUACCCAUGUGACGUGGAUAUGAUACAGGCUCAUAAACACAACAAAGAAAAGCUACAUAAGGGUGGCGGUUGGUUUACUGGUGUUUGACGCCGUGUCAGCACGAGACAUGCAUACAGGUGAUUCAGUCAUAUGCCACAUAGACAUGACCCAGUCAUUUCUGUGGAACUACCCAGAGUUAGUAGACACGGGUAUGCUGGCAUAUGACAACUGGGUGUGAUACCCGUGACAGUGGCGAGUGGGGGCAGGGGUUGAAGGUGACCUUUUGAAUCCGGGGCUGUCUCCAGAGCAACGGAAAUGGUGAACUUAGUCACAUUUGACAUGGUGGACACCAGGACAGCAGUCAGUCAGUCACUGGGACUAGUGACAUUAAACAUGGCUGUCGUCACAAGCUCAUUUAGCCUUGUCACAUGACACACAGGUCACAAGGACUAGUCAGGUAGCCUGGUAGUCACACCGUCACUCACCUUUUCGCACUUUGUGUACCUGCAGCAGAGUGUUUAGUACUCAGCUUGUCUCUCACCACAUUCACCUUGUCGGUCCUGUCAGUCCACUGGUCACCUGUUCGACUGGACAGCACCUGGUGUUUACACGACCGCCAUCUUACCCUUUGUUUGUUGUUGUUAUUACAAUGCGCUAACAUGCCACACAAACCCUCUGAUUGAUGGUAUAGAUGCCCCGCCUCCCCCACAUCAUGAAAGAUCGCGAUUCCAGAGCAAUGAGGGAGGCCAGGGUCACAAGGUGUAGGGUGGCGCCACCUCCAUACUACCACCACUAACAGUAACACCACAGGUGCCACGUCAGCGGAUGUGGGCACCAGGUAGACAACAUGGACUCCACUGACUUCAUUCCAACGAGGGUCUUCAUGUCGUUGAAGAAUUAAUGUCUUUGUCGUGCGUGUUAACGUGAUUUGAAAUGUAUUGGGGCUACACCUACACUACAGUGUAUAGGGGCUACACUACAGUGUAUAGGGGCUACACCUACACUACAGUGUAUAGGGGCUACACUACAGUGUAUAGGGGCUACACUACAAUGUAUUGGGGCUACACUACAGUGUAUAGGGGCUACACCUACACU